GGCGGCGCCGUUGGUGCAGGGGGCGGCGGGGGGGACGGUGGCGAGGGCUCUGUGCACCCGGGAACCCGACCUCUGCGCCCCGAGGAAGAUGAGCGAGGCGGACCAGGCCCGGGUGGGGCCCACGGCUGAAGAGCCCUCGCUGUCCCCUGAGGAGGAGGGCGAAGGGGGCGGGAAGGAGCCGGCGACCGAAGCGGCCCCCGGGCCCAGCGCCGCGUUCCGCCUCAUGGUGACUCGGCGGGAGCCGGCCGUGAAGCUGCAGUACGCGGUGAGCGGCUUGGAGCCACUAGCCUGGUCUGAGGACCACCGGGUGUCAGUGUCCACGGCCCGCAGCAUCGCCGUGCUGGAGCUUAUCUGCGAUGUGCACAACCCAGGCCAGGACCUGGUGAUCCACCGCACCUCGGUGCCCGCACCCCUCAACAGCUGCCUCCUCAAAGUUGGCUCGAAAACAGAAGUUGCUGAGUGCAAGGAGAAGUUUGCUUCUUCAAAAGACCCUACCAUCAGCCAGACUUUCAUGUUGGACAGGAUGUUCAACCCUGAGGGGAAGGCGUUGCCCCCAAUGCGGGGCUUCAAGUACACUAGCUGGUCUCCCAUGGGUUGUGAUGCGAACGGCAGGUGCCUCUUGGCAGCACUGACCAUGGACAAUCGCCUGACUGUGCAGGUGAACCUCAAUAGACUGCAGUGGGUUCAGCUGGUCGAUCUGACUGAGAUUUACGGAGAACGUCUUUAUGAGACCAGCUAUAGACUCUCUAAAAAUGAGGGUCCUGGGGGGAAUCUUGGAGAUUUUGCUGAGUUUCAGAGGAGACACAGCAUGCAGACCCCAGUCAGAAUGGAAUGGUCAGGCAUUUGUACCACUCAGCAAGUCAAGCACAACAAUGAGUGCCUGGAUGUGGGCAGUGUGCUCCUGGCUGUCCUCUUUGAGAACGGGAAUAUAGCUGUGUGGCAAUUUCAGUUGCCAUUUGUGGGGAAGGAGUCCAUCUCUUCAUGCAACACCAUUGAGUCAGGAAUCAGCUCCCCUAGUGUUUUGUUUUGGUGGGAAUAUGAGCACAAUAGUCGGAAAAUGAGUGGCCUUAUUGUGGGUAGUGCUUUUGGACCUGUAAAAAUUCUCCCUGUCAAUCUCAAAGCCGUCAAAGGCUACUUCACUUUAAGGCAGCCUGUUGUCCUGUGGAAAGAAAUGGACCAAUUGCCUGUGCAUAGUAUCAAAUGUGUGCCACUUUAUCACCCUUACCAGAAAUGUAGCUGUAGCUUAGUAGUAGCAGCAAGAGGCUCCUAUGUGUUCUGGUGUCUUCUUCUGAUCUCAAAGGCAGGUCUGAAUGUUCAUAAUUCCCAUGUCACAGGCCUUCAUUCACUGCCCAUCGUCUCCAUGACUGCAGACAAGCAGAAUGGAACAGUGUACACCUGUUCUAGUGAUGGGAAGGUGAGGCAGUUGAUUCCUAUUUUCACAGAUGUUGCAUUGAAGUUUGAACACCAGCUGAUUAAACUCUCAGAUGUAUUUGGCUCCGUGAGGACUCACGGCAUUGCAGUGAGUCCCUGUGGUGCUUAUCUGGCCAUCAUCACCACUGAAGGCAUGAUCAAUGGCCUCCAUCCUGUUAACAAGAACUACCAGGUCCAGUUUGUUACUCUCAAGACCUUUGAAGAGGCGGCUGCUCAGCUCUUGGAGUCUUCAGUUCAGAAUCUCUUCAAGCAGGUGGACUUGAUCGACCUAGUCCGAUGGAAAAUUUUAAAAGAUAAACACAUCCCUCAGUUUUUACAUGAAGCUUUGGAAAAAAAGAUUGAAAGCAGUGGAGUCACCUAUUUCUGGCGUUUUAAACUUUUCCUCCUAAGGAUUUUGUAUCAGUCAAUGCAGAAAUCCCCUUCAGAGGCCUUAUGGAAACCUACCCAUGAGGACUCAAAAAUCCUAUUGGUUGACUCACCUGGGAUGGGUGAUGGUGAGGAUGAACAGCAAGAAGAAGGCACUUCCAAGCAGGGGACCAAGGCUGGCCCGCAAGAGAGAAGCAAAGAGGGUGACACAGAGGAGCCCCCCGAAGACUCACUCACUGCCAUGGGAGACACUGGAGGCCGUGAACCCAUAGAGGAAAAGCUCCUUGAGAUCCAAGGGAAGAUUGAGGCUGUGGAGAUGCACCUGACCAGGGAGCACAUGAAGCGGGUCCUCGGAGAAGUGUACCUGCACACCUGGAUCACAGAGAACACCAGCAUACCCACCAGGGGGCUCUGUAACUUUUUGAUGUCUGAUGAAUCCGAUGACAGAACAGCACGGGUCCUGAUUGGACAUAUCUCCAAGAAGAUGAAUAAGCAGACCUUCCCCGAGCACUGCAGUCUGUGUAAGGAGAUCUUGCCAUUCACGGAUCGCAAGCAGGCUGUUUGUUCCAAUGGGCACAUCUGGCUCCGGUGCUUUCUAACCUACCAGUCCUGCCAGAGCUUGAUAUACCGAAGGUGUUUGCUCCAUGACAGCAUUGCCCGGCACCCUGCUCCAGAAGAUCCCGACUGGAUUAAGAAGUUGCUGCAGAGCCCUUGCCCUUUCUGUGAUUCUCCUGUCUUCUGAGUGUUGGUGAGGAGGCUGGAAGAACAUGAACUCGGCUGUAGAAAGUACCCUGGAACCUGAGGAGCAGGUGUGCUGGAGGAAUCCUGGCGCAGGACAGUGGAGAGACAUUCCUCUGACUGGAGGAGGGAGGUCAUCCCUGAGCUCAUUUUGACAGCACACACACUAUCUUCAGGAACUGAAGGAUAUCUAACUACAGAGAGUUUGAGUCAUUUUGAGGUGAACAUUAGCCACCCCCAGCUCACCAGUGAGGACCACUUACUUUUCAAGUGUCUUGCCUAAAGCAGUUUGAGUGGAAACCUGCUCCUUGAGCUGUAAUGGGCUCUUGUGGAGAAUCUGAGGACCUCACUGUGAGUUAGGUUUCAGCCUUGCUUUGGUCUGGAACUGCCUGUGGCUCCAGAGGACUCGAGUAGGUUGGUACUUGACAUUUCCUGUGCCAAUACAUCGUAAAGUGUCUAAAGCUGUGUGUGGCUAGUGUUUGCUCAGCAGACUCAUCUGCCCAUUGACUUCUUUCCAUGAACAUGGAAGACAUUUUCUUAAAACUAUAUUUUUGAAGCCAAGAAUAAAAUCAAUCUUAAUGUAUCAAAUAAUCAGGUGACUAUUAGAAGUUGAUAAUUGUCAUUUAUUUUUAUCUCCUGUGUCAUCAGAUUUCGUGACCCAGCUCCUUAGUAUGUCAAAAGAGAUUGAGUACCCCUUCCCUCAUCAGAGUCCUACUUCAUACCCAACUGUGUGACCUAGAUAUUGGUACAUAGAGGGAAAGUAUUUUCUUCUUUUAGUAUUAAAAUGAAGCUUCAGUAUUUUUAACACUGACUUAUCCAGACAUCUCACUGAGUAUCUAGGGGAAGGUUGAUCUAGGGAUUUCUGGGGAGAGAUGGCAGCGUGGCGUUGGAGGUUCUUGAGCUCUGUGCUGCAAGCAUGUGCAGCUCAAGUGGACAGACCUGGGACUUUCUUCUCUGGCCAAAGGUCCUUAAUAUUUGGAAUACAGGUAUUUUCUGUGGGCUUAAAGAGGAGGCACACAUUAUUGGUUGACCAGACCUGAAAGCAUUCUGGAAUCACAGUCUUGGGUUUUUAAAUUAAGUUUCCUGGGAUUGGUGCUAAUGAACUGGACUGUAGUGCACGGUUUCUGAAAUUGUACAUGUUUUUGGAAAGUACAGAACAUGAAAUGCUCUGCUCCUUCGUGAUCCUUUACGCUUUUAUUUUAACAUGCUUUCCCACUUUGAUUUUAUACCCGUAGCGAAAGACAUUCUGUCCUCACUUCAGAAAUAAUGUCUUGACUUGGGUACCAUAGUGAGAGAUAGACCACAUGCCAUCCUACCACACUUCCUGCCUCGAAAAAUAGCUCCACACUGGGGACAGACCCUAAGAAGCACUGCCAGAAGCUGCUCUAAAAUGUCUAGUAAGAUUGUUGCCCUGUGCCAUGUGUUUAAUGAAUUGUUUGCUGGGUAUUUAAUGUCCUACUUGAGGUUGUAACAACAGCGUCUAUCCAGACCUGGGGGGCAGCAAAGAAAGAGCCCCGACUGACCCAGUUCAGACUAUACAUGGCUGCAACGGAGCCUGCAAUUGUCACUCUGUGCCGGAAACAUGGCAGGAGUGGAGAUGGUAUUAAGAGUUGUCCCCAGGCUGACAACCACACAGGCCAAGCUUCCUUUUUCUUGCUCUUUGGAAUCAAGCUCACUAGGUGUUCUCACAGGGAAUUUGUGCUAGGAACCAUUUAAAACGUAACUGACUGAUUAAGGCAGUUGCUCUGUUUUGAGAAAUUUUAACAAAUAGGAGUAAUGAAAGAAUUUCUAGGGUGUGUGCUUGUGUACAGGAAGAAGCAUGGCUACUGGAACUCAGGUUCUCAGGAAGAGGCUCUGAAAUCUAGCCACAGCCAAUUGUCUCCACAGCUAGUAGGGAUGCCUUCCUCCCCUCCGAUGCCAAACACCCCCCCCCCCCAAGUCCCACCACACACCGAUGAUAGUCUUCAGAGCUGGGUGAACAAGAGAGUUUGGGAUUGAUGGCAGCCUCCUGCAUAGGACACUUCUGAAUUCUUCUCUAAGGGUCGGUAUAUAGGACCCUGGAGGAACCUUGGAUGGAGGGACCUUGGAGAAAUGGGAGUGACACCAGAGUCUUGCAGUUACCUCUUCUAGCUUGAACUUGCCUGUGCUGCUUGGUGGAAGAAUUAAGGUAGCUUUCAGUUGCAGCUGUGGGAGCUGUUUUAGCCUGGGAGGAAGAGUAGCCAUCAGAUUGUUGCCCUGCAGUUAGAAGGCUGGAACAGACUACAGAGACCCCACAAACUGGAACACUGCUGCGUAUCAGGUCUUCUCUGCCUGGGGUUAUUUGUUUCUGUUAUUUGAGGUAGGAAAUGGGCAGUUUGUUCUGGUUAGUGUUCAUGCUGAAGUUCUGAUAUGUUCAUCCCCAGACUUGAAACUGUCUUUACCUACUACUAGAUCUACCAGAAGCUGUCAUGAGCACCAGUGAAGUCUGUGGUCAGAUGUAACAGUUUCCUGCUCGUCCCUCUAGGCUCUAGCAAGUUUUUAAGAACAUCUAUGUAGAAGUAGUAGGCUAGACCUAGCAAUAAGCACAGCAAGUUAAUUGGAUUGGGAAAGUUUUAUUUUCUGCUUGUUUUGUUCUGUUUUUUGAGACAGGGUCUAUGUUAUAGCUUUGGCUAGCCUGGAACUCCCUUUGUAGACCAGGCUGGCCUUGAAUUCAAAGAUCUGCGUAGCUAUAUUAGUGUCAGAUAAGGUGCAGAUGGUCGAGCACGGCCUUGGUCUGGGGCGCUCCACCCCGGCAGCGGCUAAAGGGCCCGGGCUUGCUGAGUGGCUGCAGUUCUGAAAUAGACCAGACUUGGGUUCUGGCCAUCCCUUCUUGCUUUCCUUUCCACAAGAGGCAGCUCUCAGCAUUAGGAUACAUUUCAGGGCCAGAAAAAUGUAUAGUGAUAAAAUGUCUAAAGGCUAAGCCAUGUUGUAGGUCUUCCGAGAAGAAAAAAUGGGCAUCUCGUGGUCAAAGGGCUGACUUCGGGCUCCUUGCCACCAGUAUUGCUGUUCAUGCUGAGCUGAAUGGGGUGCAUUCCAAGUCAGCAUGGAUCCCCCAACAGUCAGUCAGAUACUCGAAGCUCUUUCACCAUAGCACAGGCUGGACCUGAGGUGUCACAGCCAGGCUUUGGCAGCCCCUCAUGGCAUGUCCUGGUAGAGUGUAGCCUCAGCAACCAUACCUUCCCCCUUGAGGUAUUGGCUGGAAGGACGUCCCUGCAGGGUCUAACAAAGUGGGUUGUCUGGCUUUAGUUCCUGUGAAGCAUCGGUGCCCUCCCACACUUCAGACUGUGCCGCAGACUCUCAUGUUAUUAGACCCUCAACUGCUCUUUCUGGAAGCUGAGUUCUUGAAGUUACAUCUGCUUUGUGUCUGCUGUUCAGCCUAAGUGCAUAGUAGGUGAAAUGUCCUUAAAUGGAACUAAGCUCCACUCAAGGUAGACUUGCUUCUAGCUACCUACAGAUACAGUAGCUCUGCCCAAGUAGCAGGCAGAAGGCAGUGUUCGUGGAUUUUUUUUAGUCUCAAGGCCAUGUUUAUAUCGAGGGGAGAGACCCUGAUGCAGUCAGGGUUCUAGUCAUGAAUUUAUUUAGAACCAGAUGGUGUGGUUCACCAACAGGGCUUAAGUAUUCCUUCAUUGUGAUUGAACUGAGUAGAAAAAGAGGUGGUAUGCAUCAGAAUUACUUUGUAGGCUCUCAAGCGAAAAAUGUGGUCCUGGGUUGAGCAGAUCACAUCUCAGAGUUCUGAACCUUCUGUUUGUUUUUAAAAGUUCCUUAUCUCAAGGCUGAGGUUGUAGCUGGGUGGGUAGAACACUUGCCUAGCAUUCUCAAGGCCUCAAGUUCCAUCCUCAGCACUUGGAGGAGGAGAGGAGUGUUUACUGUUUACAUCCCUGUCAUGAAGUUCUGUUGUUUUCAUAAAGGAAAAUACUCUAAAAUAGACUGAGUGAGGCAUGGUGGCACACACCUAUGUUCUGAGCACUCAGGAAGCUGAGGCAGGAGGAUGAAGUAGAAGGCCAGCCUGAGCUGUGUGGAGAGAGCCUGUCUCAGAAAAUCAAAACUGGUCAGAUUGUGUGGCAGAAGAGGUGGUGGUGGUGAUAGUGUUGGGGCAUUUUGAGCCCAGGUCUACAUUUGGCUAAUGUGGUAGGGUGGAUGCUCAUGUUCUCACUGUCUCUGUAUGGUACUAAUGGAAAAUCAAACACAAGUGUCCCAUGAAUUGUGUUUUUCAAAGGCUUUGUUUCACAUUUGUAUUUGAUAGGACAUGGAUGUGAGCAUCACACUUGUUUACACACAUGUCUGCUGUGCUUAGUGGUUGUACCCGCUGUUUACCCAAUGCUUGUACUAAAGUUUGUGCUUGGCUUUGAAUUGUAUGUUUACACCUGACUGUUUUUAAAUAAAGAGAAAAUUUUACGGUA